UUAGAACUUAGAAGAAGAGUCUCCAUACUUUUGGUUCGAGAGGAGACUCUUACACAUCAAACCAACACAGAAAGCUCAAAAUCAAAACUUCUCAAUUUGCCGCCGGAUUCUGUGCAACUUCCGCCGGAGUCCGAAAAAAUUUGUGCAGGUUAGGGUUAUUAUCUUCUUAUACUUCAAAGGAAGAAACUCAGAGUGUAGCUACGAUGGUGGCAAAUGACUACUUUCCUCCUUGGUUUAGUGUCGCUCCGAUGAUGGAUUGGACGGAUAAUCAUUAUAGAACUCUUGCACGCCUCAUUUCGAAACAUGCUUGGUUAUAUACGGAGAUGCUCGCGGCUGAAACAAUUGUUUAUCAAAAGGGUAAUCUGGACAGAUUCUUGGCAUUUUCUCCAGACCAACAUCCUAUUGUGCUUCAAAUUGGAGGCAGUAAUUUAAAGAAUUUGGCGAAAGCAACUGAACUUGCUGAUGCGUACGGCUAUGAUGAGAUCAACUUCAAUUGUGGAUGCCCUAGUCCUAGAGUAGCUGGACGGGGAUGCUUUGGUGCGCGUCUUAUGCUUGAGCCAAAGUUUGUUGCCGAGGCUGUUUCAGUAAUUGCUGCUAAUACAAAUGUACCUGUCAGUGUCAAAUGUCGAAUCGGCGUGGAUGAUCAUGAUUCAUACAAUGAACUAUGUGAUUUCAUUUACAAGGUCUCUUCUCUGUCACCUACUAGGCAUUUCAUAAUUCACUCAAGAAAGGCACUAUUGAAUGGCCUCAGUCCCGCUGAAAAUCGGAGCAUUCCUCCACUGAAAUAUGAAUACUUUUAUGGCCUCUUGCGCGACUUUCCUGACUUAACAUUUACAAUCAAUGGUGGCAUUAAUUGUGUUGAUGAGACCAAUGCAGCUCUAAAGAUUGGCGCUCAUGGUGUUAUGGUUGGACGUGCUGCCUACCACAACCCUUGGCAUAUUUUGGGAAACGUUGAUACUGGAAUUUAUGGUGUACCAAGUAUUGGUCUUACACGUCGUCAGGUCCUUGAGAAAUACCAAGUAUACGGAGACUCAGUGUUACUAAAAUAUGGAUUUCGGCCAACUGUGCGAGACAUUGUGAAGCCUUUACUUGGUUUUUUUCAUUCUGAGCCUGGGAAUGGACUUUGGAAGCGCAAAGCAGAUUCCGCUUUCCAAACUUGCACGACAGUAAAAUCAUUUCUUGAAGAAACUAUGGUAGCAAUUCCAGACUCGGUUUUGGAUUCGUCGUUUGCGAAAUCACCGCCAGGGCGUGAAGAUCUUUUUGCUAACAUUGACAGUUUAUUGCCUCCACCAUACAGAACAAGAGAUGAGGAUUCUGUUUACAUCCAUUAGUUAUCUGUUUUAUGCAAAUGACUUAAAAAAUGUAAUUCAUUCUAUAUAGAAAGGUUAAAUUAAAACAAAUUAGAUAAGAUAUUAGUUCCACUAUUAUCAACUAUUCAAUGUGGCAACAACUUAUUGGUCAUUUUUUAAUGAGAUAAGAUAUUGCAUGGUCCCA